AGGUGGUGCAGCCACCCUGCCCUGCGGCUGGCCUUGAACUGGCUGCGCCAGGGCAGAGCCACCUAUAAGUACACGGACGCGACCCCGGCGCCGGUAGUCAGUCCCUCAGCACCGACGACAAACCUAUCUGCUCCGUCAUGUUCAAGCUCGCCGCCCUCGCGCUGCUGGUGGUGGCCGCCGCCUCGGCGGUGCCGGUCAUGGUGGAGGAGCACUCGUCGCAGAUGGACCCGGGCACGGGCGCAGCCGUGACGUCGACGGUGAUGCAGCAGCGCUCCGGUGGCAACUUCGCGUACACGGUGCACGAGUCGCGGCAGUACCCGGGCCCGCUGGUGCCGGCGCCCAUCGUGCCCGCCGUGCAGGCGCCCGUCGUCCCGGUGCCGGUGCCGCUGCAGGUGCCCGGCCUGCAGUACGCGCUGCAGCAGGCCAUCGUGCCCGGCGCCGCCGCCCCCGCGGUCAUCGCCGCCCCGUACGGACACCUACCCGUCCAGAAGAUCUAGCCCGCUGACCGACGAUGCCGUUCACCUGCUGCUGUCAACUAUCACUGCCUGCAUCUGAAUUUAGUCUUGUACCCCCAACUUUUAUGGCCUCAAUAAAUACAUUCCUAGCACUACUA